GACGUAUUGAGCACUCAUUCAAUCAUCAUUCAAUCAUUCAGUGGUUUAGCACUCAAUACACGCUUUGAUUACGCGUUCAAAGCAUUCAAACGAUACACAAAUCCAGUUGAACACCACUUUUGGACCACUUUUUCAUUUAUUUAUUGAUUGCGGUAUUCAUUACCCAAACAAGUGGUCAGUCGUAUGUCUUCGGGUGGCAUUCAAAACCUCAAAACAUUUGAUCCCUUCGCCGAUGUAAAUGCCGACGACAGUGGCGUUCAGGACGGGCUGAUCCACAUCCGCAUCCAACAGAGGAACGGUAGGAAGACUUUGACUACAGUUCAGGGAAUAUCCGACAAUUACGACAAGAAGAAGAUUGUCAAGGCAUGCAAGAAGGAGUUCGCGUGUAAUGGGACAGUAGUAGAGCACCCGGAGUAUGGAGAAGUGAUUCAACUACAGGGCGAUCAGCGGAACAACAUUUGCCAGUUCUUAACCAAAGUGCAAAUCGCGAAACCAGAACAACUCAAAGUCCACGGAUUCUGAGCCAACACUCAUCGCCCAAAACACAUCCAUUUCUGACAAUUUCCUCGAAACCCCUUUCCUUCCGAUUAUCC